GGCAUCGAUAACUACAAAGACAAGUCUGUCAAACUCAGCUGGAUGACUAAGGUCAUUCUGUGUCGCGUGCCCAGUCAAGUACACUUUAUAAGGGAAGAAGCCUUUGCAAAAAGCAGCAAUCCCUAAUAGCUGAAGAAACGCCAGUAUAAACAGGUAUACUGGCUUUCUAUCUUCAAAUAUCAUGUUAAAGAAGUCAAGGCUGGACUGAAUCGGAGUUUAGGUCUCCAUAGUAACGAUACUGUGACUUUGAGUGGCUUAUUCUUUUGAUCAAGUCAAGGAAAAAAAAAUACAGUACAACCUUUUUUUUCUAUUGAUUUAUUCUUCAAGCCUUCAUUAUGGUUCAAAACAUCGAUUUGAAACAGGCCAAAAAAGCUGUUAGUGCUUUAUUCAAGUACAACAAGUCCCAGUCAAACAAUGAUAUGCUCGGCAACGAUGAAGAAAACGGUAUCUACAUUGAAAUCAGAACUCACAAGAUUAUGAACAAAGAAUCUUUAAAGAAGAAAAAGGUUGCAUUGCCUUUCACUCCUUAUGCCGAAACCAUUGAAAUUUGUUACAUCACCAAGGAUGAAGAAAAGACUAUUGAAGAAAAGUUAAAGAAAGAAUCUAUCACUGAAAUCAAGAAGGUUGUGAAUGUCAAGACACUCGCUACUACAUACAAGGCUUAUGAAGCUAGAAGAAAACUCGCUGAUUCAUAUGAUAUGUUCUUGGUUGAUGAUAGAAUUGCCCAUCUUAUGCCCAAUCUUGUUGGCAAAAAGUUUUUCGAAAAGAACAAAAACCCAAUUGCUAUUAAGGCCACUGGUUCAUUGAAGAAGCAGGUGGAAAGUGCAUUGAAGGCUACUUAUGUUAAAUUACACAAUAACCUCACUACACAUGUUCUUAUUGGUAACUUUGGUAUGGAUGAAAAGGAUGUGUUAAAGAACUAUGAAGUUGGAUUGCCCAACAUUGUGAACAUUGCUGCACACGAUUGGGAACAAGUUCAACUUAUCGGUAUCAAAUCUAAAGCAUCACCAUUACUCCCUGUUUACACAGCUUUCCCUAAAGAAGAACCAGUACCAGAGAAGGAAGAAACCACAGAGACCAAGAAGACAACCAAGUCCACCAAGAAGACAGCUGAACCCACCAAGAAGACAGCUGAACUUGUCAAGAAGGAAGAAACAGUAAAGAAGCAAGCCGCUGCUAAGGCUGCUACCGCCAAGCAAGAAGUCAAGAAGCAGCCUGCUAAAAAGAACGCCUCUGAUGCUAAAGAAGAAAUAAAAAAGCAAGCAGCUAAAAAAGUCACCAAGAAGCAACCCGAAGCAUCAAAGAGAAAGGUUACCAAGAAUAAGAAAUAGACUAUUCUCUUGAAACAUUUAGCAUUUUAUUAAAAAAAAAAAGAAGGCCAUUACAUUUUCAUCGUAUUUAUAUAUUUAUAUAUACAUUUUCCUUUUUAUAUAUGAAAAAAAAAAAUAAAAAUUAAUAGACAAGAACAAAAGAAAG